UGUCAGUGUGACAAUAUAUACUGACCUGGAUAUGGAAAGAAAGCUGCUCAGCUCUGUUUAUUUAAUCUCAAUCUGACGGGAUAGUCAAAUAAACAAAAAGUAUGGCACCAAAACCCAGAAAAAGACUCAGGCAGAAAGACACCGGCAAAGGUGACUCAGAUAAUUCACAGAAUGGAAAAGCAAAGAAAGGAGAUAGGGGGGAGGCAAGUGACUCUUCAAGUGGCAUAUUGACAAAGCUAAUAGUGUUGCUUGUUGUGGCUGCUAUUGUUGGUUUUGCUGCUGCAGUUCAUCUUGGUUACAUCGAUAUAAAACAGCUUCAAGAAUUGAAUGGUGCUGUUGACCCAGAAUCCAAAAGUAGCCAAUCUCAGAAACCAGUUGUGUCAGAAACUGAAGAAAAGGAUGAUGAUGAUAGAGUAAAGAGAGAUAAGCCAGAGCCUAUAAAAGAGACAUCAAAAAGCAAGAGAGAAACAGCUCCUAAGGAGUCUAAAAAGAAGGAAGAGAACAUUGCUAAAUCAAGUGAAAAACCUGAAGUAAAGAAAGAGAAGGUACCAGAGCCUAAGAAAGAGAAGACACCAGAAUCAAAAACAACAAAGGCACCAGAACCGAAAAAAGAGGUACCUGAAGUGAAGGAAGAGAAAGCACAAAAGCCUAAAAAAGAGAAGACCCCAGAGCCAAAGAAAGAGAAGGCACCAGAGCCAAAGAAAGAAAAGGCACAAGAGCCUAAGAAAGAAAAGCCUCCAGUGCCAAAGAAAGAGAAGUCACCAGAGCUAAAGAAAGAGAAGUCACCAGAGCCAAAGAAAGAGAAAGUACCAGAGCCAAAGAAAGAGAAGGCACCAGACCCAAAGAAAGAAAAGGCACAAGAGCCUAAGAAAGAAAAGCCUCCAGUGCCAAAGAAAGAGAAGUCACCAGAGCCAAAGAAAGAGAAAGUACCAGAGCCAAAGAAAGAGAAGGUGCCAGAGCCAAAGAAAGAAAAGGCACAAGAGCCAAAGGAAGAGAAGGCACCAGAGCCCAGGAAGGAAAAGCCACCAGAACCAAAGAAAGAUAAGGCAGCAGAGCAAAAGGAAAAAUCCAACAUAAAGGAAAAAAGAAUACCAGAGCCGACAAGACAGGUUAAAUUGGAAAAAGAGAAAACACUAGAACCAGAAAAAGAAAAGGCACCAGAGGCAAAAAAUGAAAAGGCUCCAGAGCAGAAAAAAGAAAAGGUUCCAGAGCCAAAGAAAGAGAAAAGGCCAGAGCCUAAGAAGGAAAAACCAGAAGAACCAAAGGAAGAUAAAACACAUGAGGUAAGAGGAGAUAAGGCACCGAAAACAGAGAAAGAAAAGGAAACAGAGUCAAAGCAAGAGAAAACCCCAGAGCCAAAGAAAGAAAAGGCACCAGAGCCGAAGAAAGAAAAGGCGCCAGAACCAAAGAAGGAAUCGGAUGUGAAUCAAGGUGAAAAGAGUAAGAAAAUAAAAACUAGGAGAGAAGAAGUAAUUGAGGAAGGGCGCACCAAUGCAUAUGAUAAGAAAAUUGAAAAGGAAUUAGACAUCGCUGAAGACUUACUAUCACAGAAAAAAUUUGAAUCUUCACUAAGACGCUUUGAGAAACUGUUGACAGUGCAUCCAGCGAGUCCACGUGCACGCCUGGGGCGCGGCAAUGCACUGAAUGCCCUUGCAGAGGAGCAGCGCAGUAACGAUCUACUAAAUGCAUGCAUUACUGCGUAUGAUGAGGCUGCAAGGGCACCAAACUGCCCAAAGGAAAUACUGAGAGAGGCGUUGGUAUCGCAAGCUGAUAGGCUGAAAUUUCUAGGAAAUUCUGUAAAAGCAGUUUCUGUACUUGAAGACCUAAAUAAGAAAGUUCCAAAUGAUGUGAAGAUUCUGCGAGAGCUGGGUGUUGCUCAUUUGAUUCGUGGCAGUAAUGACAAUGCAAGACCAAUAUUCCAGAAGAUUCUUCAACUCUCUCCUAAAGAUGGUCAUGCGAAGGUGCAUCUGGGCUUCAUUGUGAAGUCAGAGAAUAAAUAUGAAGAGUCCAUUCCAUUGCUGAAGGAGGGAAUAGCAACCGGAGAGGAGGGCACACAAGAAGGAAAAUAUUAUUUCCACCUUGGCGAUGCAUUAUACAGAUUGGGAAAAAAAGAUGAGGCGUAUGAAAUAUAUAAUGAGGCUGCAGAUAAAGGUUUCUUCAUGUCUAAAUGGCAACGGUCAUUGUACAAUGUUGAUUCGUUGACAUCCAAGCCGUGGUGGACCCCAGAAUCUGCUCUUAUUUCAAAGUAUGCAAAACUUCUUGAAGAUAAUUGGAAAGUUAUACGUGAUGAAGGCCUGGCAAACCUGGAUUCUAAAACCGGGUCAUUUGUACCAGAAGUCGAAAACCUCCGUGAGAGUGGUGAUUGGAAACAGUUUACAUUAUACCAGCGAGGUAAAAAGAAUGAGGCUAAUUGUAAGAAAACACCACAGACUUGCAAAAUCUUAGACCAGAUCCCCAUGGCAACUACCAACAAGCGUGGCCAAAUUAAGUAUUCAGUGCUUCAGCCUGGGACCCAUAUAUGGCCUCAUUGUGGCCCAACUAACUGCCGCCUAAGAAGUCAUCUCGGUCUCGUGGUUCCAGAAGGGGUGAGGAUACGAGUCAAAGAUGAUAUUAGGACAUGGCAUGAAGGAAAGCUAAUGAUCUUUGAUGAUUCUUUUGAGCAUGAGGUUUGGCAUGAAGGCAGUAGUCUAAGAUUGGUUCUUAUAGUGGAUUUCUGGCAUCCAGAACUAACAGAGUCACAGAAGAGAAAGCUAACAGCUAUCUAAACAGUGGAUGCUGAAAGUUGAAGAAUUAAGUUUUGUCUUCCAAGUUACCUCCAUAUUCAUCAUGCCGUAAGUGGUUGAUGUGAGUCACUUGAUCGGGGGUCACAUGACAUGCCCAAGACAUGUUACAGUGCUGGGUCAGUAGUCAAUUAUGUUUAAUAAAGGUCACAUUCAUUGAAAGGUCACAUUGAUAUACAAUAUAAUU